AGAACUGCACUCUUGCUUUGGUUGAAGGGUAGUUGCCACUUCUCAGCCCACAAGGUGAGAUUUGUCAGACUUUCGCCCCUUGAGGUUCUUGUGUUCCCUCCUGUCACCAGCUACCAUCGACUGUUGAUUCACAGUACUGCACAAGAAUUUUCAAGGCUUUGUAGCUUCAGUAUUAGUCAAGGGGACAACCGACGGACUGUCGUAUGCCCCAAAGCGUAUCGGAUUAUGCCAGAUAGCCCAGAGGAUACCAGUGUUUCAUCCCUUACCCGGAAGAGCUCAUCAUCAAUCGCUGAGGGGCGGGGGCAAGUGACCCCUGAGGGAUCGACCUCUGACACCAAAGCACGUCAGCAGGAGAGUACCUCCGUCACACCUCCAAAGAGAGCCACUCCAAGGGACCGAAGCACGAAAAAAAACAGACGACCCGAUCAACAGAUUUAUGUUCCCAGGAGAGGACGACAGACCAACAGAACAUCACCUGAAAUUCCGCAAUCUGUAAAAAAAUCCAUUGAUACAAAACAGCCAACUCUUAAAGGCAGUCAACAAUCAGAAAAACCUUUAGCAGGUGUAGGUGAUCACCAUAUUAAUCAGACUGAUCGUUGUAUUAAUGCUAGCUCAAGAGCGGUAGAAGCGGAGAUAUCCUCAAGCUCAAAGGCACUGUCCAUUGAGGAUCAGGACAACUUGUCCACAAAGCUAGGGAAUGGUGCAGUGGAUGAUCGGCUUGUAGACACAGACAUUGAUCAGUGCUUGCCAUCUUCCUGCAGAACACCAGAUUUGGAGGACACCAGGCGAGAGGUUGAAGAUAAAAUUGUUGAAUCGUUGAGCAAAUAUAGAGAGAGCCAUUGUGAGGUGGUAUUGAAUAACAUACCUUGUGAUUUCCAGAGAGAAAGUUCUGAUAACGACGUCAUCCAGGAAAGCAGCACAGAAGGUGUUAGUAUAGCCUGUACUCCUGCACAAGAACAACCGCAGGAAAUAGUUUGUGAAAGAGCUUUGAAAGACACUCGCAUUAUUCGUAGUGGUAACCAAACGAAAGUUAGGAAAUUGGAAAGCGAAUGCUACAAGGUUGUAGCAACACAAGACCAACCACCCUCACCAACUGAGGAAAUAAUGGCCGAUGAUGCCACGCGUUUGGAACCAACGGGUGUCAGUGGCAAUGGCGACGACAAGACGGCAAAGAUAGCUGAUGAUUCUAAGGAGCCAAGGAAAGAUGGAGGAGAGAAAGACGAUGUAAAGAAAGAAGAUGACGAAGGAGAAGAGGAGGAAGACUCAUGGGAUACCAUGUUUGAUGAGGAGGGGAACAGCUUGCAAGAGGAUGAAGUCAAAGAGAUAACAGAUGCUGUUGGUGGAAUAUCAGUGUCAGUGAAGAAACCAGCUCAUGAUUACCAUAACUUCUCACCGAAGGAUACCACAGACUAUUCUAAAUUGGAACAUGUGAUAGAAGCAUAUGACUUCCCUGCUGAUUUCAAGAUGGAAGACUUGGUCAUGACUUUCAGUGCAUUCAAUAAUAAAGGCUUUGACGUCAAAUGGGUUGAUGAUACACAUGCCUUGAUUGUGUUCACAACACCUCAAGUAGCUUCCGAUGCCCUUGGUCUUCAGAACCCCAUGCUGCGGACGCGCCUGCUCUCCCUCGCCUCCAAGCAGUCCAAGCAGAAGGCCAAGGCCACCGUGGAGUUCCUACAGCCUUACCGACCACGCCCUGAGACCAGCUCCCUGGCCGCCCGGAGGAUGGUGUCAAACGCCCUGGGUGUGAAGAGCAACGUGAGCAAGGAGCAGAGGGAUGCAGAGAGACAGAAACUCAAAGAAGCCAAAGAGAAAAAAAGAGACGAAAAGAGGCAAAAGGCUGACGUGUGGGAUGGCAAUAUUUGAGACCUGAUUUUCUUCUGUUUGACUUUUGAUGGAACACGGUGUAAUAUAUAUAUAAGUCAGAGAUAUCAGUAUUUUUCUUUGUACUUUCUGUCGAGUUGACCUUUAUGUUUGCAAGCAUCCAGAAUUUUCUGAAAAUGAAGUUGUCCUUAGUUUUCUUAAAUUUUUUUUUUUUUUGUGAAAAUGAAAUUAUAUUGUAUGAAGUUAAACUAAUUUACAUGAUAUUGCCACUAUUUCAAUUAAUAUACAUAUUUUUAAAAUUUUAUUUUUUGGAAGGGGGGGGGGGGCACUUUUUUGUACUAGUUCGCCAACAACCCAUUGAAAAGCGUGUAUGGAAUUUAACAUGCGUUUCAAAUCAGGGGGGGGGGGUAGGGUUAGGGGGGUGUCGGUGAACUGGUUCUUAAGAUGGUUUCACAAUUUCUUGAAACAAUGCUUGGAUGCAUAAUUGUAUACAGAGUGUGUCACAAAAUGUUGCAAUUUUAUUAUGUUAAUCUGUUGAAGUUUGAUUUGAUUAUGAUAUAAAAGUAUGGCUCCAGCUGUCCAACCCUUGUUUAUCUUGAGAUCAGUUUCAACAGGGUCAUUUGCUGGAGUCAAAAUGUAUGGAAUGAUGUCAUAUACAUGUAUUAUUGAAAAACAGGAUUGAAUAACCUCAGGCUCAGUGCAUAUUAGCACAAUGGAUUGACCAAGUAGCAAGAAGAAGCGAAACUUUCUUUGUAGAAACAUAAUAUAUGAAGUUGAAUUGUGAGAAAAGAGGAAAUGAUGUAAUUUGUUUUGUUUGUUUUGUCAAGGUAGAAGCAAGCUUUUUAAUGAAUUUAGCUUAGAUUGAUUGUUUUUCAUCUUAUUUUUGUUUAGCAUGUUUGCUUCUUAUAGUUUAGAAUAUUCUGAAAGGGAGUGUAGCGUGACAAGACUGUGUCUUUCCUGUGGCCUGACUAUGGGCCAAUCGGGUAUGAUACGAACGACGCGACCGCAGCAAUCACGUGCGUGCAACAUACGCCAAACCGAAGCGUGAGGAGAACUUCGGUCUAUUUAGCCAACGAUAACCAUGUAGAGAUUAAGUCACUGACUACCGUUAAUCAAGUCCAUUCGUUUACUUGCAGUUGUCCAAAAGAAGACGUAGAUGGCGUUAACCAGUAUUUGCCAAGCUACACUCCCUUUAACUAAAAUUGAAAAGGAUUUCUAAUUGAAGACUUUCAUUUCAGUAGAGCCAUGCCUUUGUAAAACUGAACAGUUAGAGUUAAAGCUAAUCUUGAGCUCAGGUAUAGAAAACAUAUUUUGAGAGAAAAUUGCUUUGAUUUAUUCUGGAUCGCUUAUCCUGCAGUAGAUAGGUUGUUUGAACCAGUGAAAUGAAAAACAAACGCUCAAAAACUUCCUGGGCAUCAUCUUCGAUAAAAACAACAACUCCCAUUUGCACAUAGUGACCUGUGUUAAGCACAUGGUGCCGGGCCUACUUACCAGGAUUUCCUUAUCUUUUUAUGCUCUAUACAUUUUCUACCAAAAUUGUUUAAUAGGCACGUGUCAUUUAUUUGUAAUCUUGAACAUUCAGUGAAAGUUUCGUUGGAUUCUGUGAGAAUUUAUUUUCUAUAUUUACCAGAACUCAAGUUUAUCUUUAAGCUACCACGUGGUAUUAACAAAGUUGACCAACUGUAGAAAUGUACUGAUAAGUUGCAUGGAAAAUAGAUUCUAUUGAGAGUUAUGAAAUGAUAAGUAAACAAUAUUCCACUCUGUUAUAUAUUUCAAUUCAUUUUUUUUCCAUUCAUUUAUCGAUGCAAGUGUUACAAUCGUAUUGUUAAAGAAUUGAUGUGAAUGUUUUGUCGAGUGCACUUCUUCCAUUAAACCAAGUCUGUUCUUUCCGACCUCUUGUUGUUCUGUGAAUUUGCAAACAAUCGAGUUGCAUCUAUAUUUUAUAUUAAACUUUUAAUUUUAUCUUAGAGCACGCUUGAUUUUGUCUCCUCUUCAGACUGGGAAAAAGCGUUGAGUGCUUUGAUAUUACUGUUAUGUUUGUUUCGAUCAACCACUGUUGUACAAGAAGAGUUGACAUUCGAUCUGAUAUUUGUAGAUAAAAUGUUUUACAUGUAUAAAUUUUAUCUGUAUUUCAAAGUAAUAAAAACAAGAAAAACUGUAU